AUGUCGCUCAGGCCCCACUUCGAGGCCCUAAUCCCUAAAGCGGAGGGUAUCCUCCGGUCCCUUAUGAGGCUCCUUCCGAAUCUUCACGGACCGGGGGAAAAGAAGCGACUCCUCUACGGCGACGUGAUCCACUCGGUACUCCUUUAUGGAGCGCCGGUGUGGUGGCGCACAGUCGUGGAGGAUACGAAGAUCGGGCGGGCAGUUCGGAGCCUCCAGAGGAAGGUGGCGAUUCGGGUGUGCUGUGCCUAUAGGACGGUUUCCGUCCAUGCGGCUAUGAUGAUUGCGGGGAUUAUUCCUCUCGCUCAUCUAGCACCCCAGCUGGCGGAGACGUAUACGGCUGUUGGAGACGCGGAAGAACCUCUUCCACCGCGUGCUAAGGCUGUACUAGGACCUCUUGCCAGAAGGAGGGCAAUAAAAGCAUGGAAGUCUGAGGAGCUUGUGUUAGCAGAGACAUCAGCAGCAACGGGGGUGCGCGCGAGGCGGCGAUUGCCGAACGGUCGGCUGAGAGGAUUGGGAGGCCAUUCUCUAUCGGGACGACAUUCCACACUACACAGCUGGUGA